AUGCACGUGGAAGCUGAGGACGAAGUGAAAGGAGGAGGAGUGUUCUCGACGAUGCACUCCACUCUUGCGUCUACAGAAGGGGAAGAUUUUAUCAAACGUAAUUUGGAAGUACUAGACGCCUUGAUAAAGGAAGGAUACUCCGUUACGGGGGCGGUACAGGCGCGAUUCAUUAAUAAUUACGACCCCAUGUAUGACAAACCCUACACUCACUACGAACUCAAUACAGGCCGAUACUUGAACGAAGAGCUCUCCCAACUUCUUGAAGAUGAUCGUCGAAAAAACACCAAGCACCAUCUGCAGACGGAUAAAAUUGAAAAGUUUUACAUGCUUGCUCUACUGGCACACAGUGCCAUUUUGCGUCAUUAG